AGCGAUUUAUUCAUUUCAACGACCAUGAAGGUGUUGCUGAUCAAUGAGGGCUCGCUGAGCGACUUUGAGGUGCUCUCGCUCAUGCAGGAGCGCAAGGAGCAGCGACUACAUAAGUCCGCUAUGGUCGCGUAUGCUGAGCGCAAUUGGAUGGACCAUAAGGUGCUCAAGUUCCUCACUCAGAGCCACUCGCAUUGCUCCACUUUGACCUCCAGCAGCAUCCAAGACUUCCUCAAGGAGCUGAAACAGGCGGAUCUACCUGCGCUCUCUUCAGCUGAGACGCUGCAGUUCAUCAACCAGCUUCCCACGGAGCUCGUGGACAUUCAUCUGAUCAUUGAAGACUGCGCAGGGCGAUUCUCAGAGACCCAAGUGGACGAGCUUAUCCGCAUCGUCGAGCGGACGUUAGCGGCUGAGUUUCUAGAGCGACGGAAUGCUGAAGCUCAGGCUGAAGGCGCAGCUGAAGAAGCCGAAGAAUAGUGACGAUCAAAGUGC